CGAAUUUCAAAAAGAAACGAACAACAAGUCGACCGCAGAUGCUAGAGGAGAAGAGCGGCAGUGCCGCAUCGGCACAGGGAGCGGUGCAAAGCAACAACGCCGCUGGGUCCACCUCUCAAAAGACGAAAACCAAAGGAUCUGACAUCUUCACAAGCCUGUCGACAAACGAAGCUUGCGUUCUUGCGCGCGCAAGUUUGCAAGCAGCAACAGACGAGUACAAGAACAUUUUAGAGGGCACGCAGCCAGCCACCGGUCAACAACACGACACCUACGCCGAGAGGAUCCGAGCAAUGGCCGGCAAGCAUGGGAUCGAAAACAUCGGCACGCCUUGUGACGAACCUCCAAAGAAAAAUGGAGCACAGGGAGCACAGCAAUACGUCGAGAGCAUGCUGAAGCAGCCCUUCACGGACAACAUCAAGACACUGCUUCAGGAUAUCCGCAGUGUGGUGAGCAACAAGAAGCAGAUGCCGUUGGACGACGUGAAAAGCAUCCUUGAGAAGCUUGACAACGUCACGCGCAAAGGGCUGUCCGAAGAACAGCGGCAGUUUCGACGCGAUUUGGAGUCAAGCGUCACCCCCAGCAGCGCUGCCGAAGAGAGGAAGAAGGACGCGGACUCGGCCCACAGAACAGUCUAUGCGCAGCCGUUCUCUGCCGAGCUUCUCUGCCCGGACUGGCACAUGCACAACGAGGGGUUUCAAGAGGCAAUCAACAAGGACAUAAGCGCAGACUUUGCUGAUGCCUUUUGCACGCCAGAGGCGCGGUUCAAUGACAGCAUGCAAGAGCCCCUGAUCAAGGCGUGUGCUGACGCAGCAGUGCACGUCAAGAGCCACGCGUCGUUCGAGGCCGACCCCGCUGUUCAAGCGGACUAUGUUGCGCGUCUUAUCUCGAACCUUGACUUCUAUCCGCUGUUGCUUGAGCUCAAGACUGAUAACAGCAAGCAGACGCAGGAUGCUGCCAAGGCGCAGGUGCUGGAGUAUGCGUCACGGGCCAUCAAGUCUGCGGGGCCGAAGUGGCGUGACUUGAAGGGGUAUUUGUUCCCCUUUGCCAUCACCGUCUGCGGGAAGAAGGUGUCCGUGUACGCGUGCACGCUGGGCGAUGAGGUGCACGGCGACGAGGUGUUUCCCAGUGUCCUUUACACAAAACUUGGCGACACCACACUGAGCAAGCUUGGGCAUGUGAUUGAGUGGCUGGUCGACAAAGAGCACAUGGCGCAGUACGAGAAGGUUUCCGCCAUUGCCCAGGGCCGCCUCUCCACCCUUGAGGAGCACCCUAACGAGAAUGGCAGCGACAAGGAAGAAGCAGCCCAGUUAGAGUCCCCGCCGCCGCAGCAGCAGCCGCAGCACGCACAGGCACCAGGCACAAAGACAGCCACAGGCAAAACCAAGCCCAAGCCCAAAACCCCAAGAAAGCAGCAGCAGCGUCAGCGUCAGCGUCAGGAGGCAAAGGGAGACGGGCCCGUGACUCGCAGUGUCUCCAGGGUGUCACAAACACGCGGCACCGGGCGUUCUGAUUCGGGCAAGAAGAAGGCCCGCCCAUCCACAGCACAGCGGCGUCAGCAGGCAGGCCGAAGCAGGAGCCCAACGCCGCCUCAGCGGCAGCGGCAGCGGCAGCAGCAGCAUGCACAGGCAGCAGGUUCCCCCACCACACCAGCAAUAGUGCCCAAGCACACCAAGGCAGCCACGCAGACCGACACAGCAGACAGCGGCGAGGAGGAGCAGCGUCAGCAGCUUGCGGUCACCAAAGCAGCACGGGAAAGGUUUGCCAAAGUUGCCAGGAGAUACGAGAUACGCGUCUACAAAGGCGGCAAGAAGACUGUGUCGGUUGCACUGGUGAACGGCGAGGUGUUGAAGGUGUGCGGCGGCCACGAGAUUGGCGCUGCCAAGGAGGCUAGCAACGAACGGAAGGGCUGGGAACUCGUCUAUCCAGAGGAAACGGUGAAAGUGCACGAGCGGUCACGCCCCGUGUUUGCCUGUCCCGACCUAUCGAAGCGUAUGACGGGCACGGGCAUCAACGGUGAGCCGGCGCUUGAGGACACGGAUGCAGAUUCCAAGGGUACGGGCAUCGGUAGCCAGGAAGCGCUUGAGGCUGCGGCUGAACACCUCCUCAUUUUGUCGAAGAACGAUCUGUGUCACUGCGACAUGCGCUCGCACAACAUCCUGCCCAACGGCUGCAUCGUCGACUUUGGUUUCCUCAGUGGCCCUAAAAAGAAGAAGCUUCCUCGUUCCUAUUCCACAGCGCUGCGGGAGCGCCCUCGGCGUGUGCUGCAUGGCGACGCACGAACCAUAACUAUGGACGUGGUUCUGGACUGGGAAUCGCUGCUGUUUGCGUACGUGUUCUCGCCCGACUCUGUCUCCACAGCCAUGCUUCAACUGCUUGAGGGCAAGGCUUUCCUGCUGGAGUGGCUUGACGCCAAGCUGGCCAAGCUGGACAAGGACGACGAAAAGGAGACAGCAGCGCUGCUGCACAAGAUUAUGGAACACGUUGCGCGUGCGUACUUCUGAUCGCGACGAGACGUGUGGUUUGCAUGGUAUGCUCCAUGGACCUCUACUUUGUUCUGUUUGUGUGAGUGUGUUGUGGUGAUGGUGGUGGUGGUGGUGGUGGUAGCUGUGGUGUGUGCAUGCGGGGUGUGUGCAAGAGAGUGAGUGCCAGACAGCCAGAGAGGCAGUCAGAGAGACAGUCAGAGACAGAGAGAGAGAGAGCGCGCGUUUGCGUGUUUGUGUGUUCUCAUCGUUUGAUGUGCGGGGGCAUGCGUGUGUCUGUGCGUGUGCAUGAUGCGUGUGUUGCGGUUCUAGCUAGUGAUGAGGAUGAUGAUGGUUGUUUUCUUCUCUUCACUCCUUCAGAGUGGCCCUCGAGAGAGCAGUCGUGUUAUGUGUGAAUUGUAAUGAAUAACAUUAAAUCAGGUCCGGC